AUGGGAGCAAAAAUUAUUAGUAGACAUUUGUUUAUUUUUGUGAUUGUGUCUGGUGUUUUGACCUUACAUACCGAUGCAGCAUUUGGUGCACGUGUGUGGGAUGCAAUAUUUAAUCCAUGCGUAUGCAAAUGCGGUGUUCCCAAUAGAGAAGCACGUCUUGUGGGCGGUGAAUAUUUAACAGGCCAUGAAUUUCCUUGGGCCGCCUCUAUACAGGUGAACGACGGCAAUAGCAAUGUUUCUUCCCUUGCCGCGACCCUCAUCACUCCUAAGUAUUUGCUUACUUCUGCCAGUAAUGUUAUUGGCAUAACUCCCCGGGACAUCAAAGUCACGCUUGGUCAAACAGAUAGAUGCCACCCGGACACUACUUCAGUGAAUAUGAGUGUUGACAGAAUUAUGAUACAUCCAGAGUACAAUCCCGGAUCAAGAGCUCACGACAUUGCUCUCAUCAGGUUAAAUACACCUGCCAAGUUGGAUAAAAGGAUUCUGCCUAUUUGUCUACCUUCCGCAAACUAUCGCUAUGUAAAUCAAGUGGGUAUAGUAUAUGGAUGGUCCGAUAACGGUAACGUAACGUGCCGAGCUAAAAAGGUCGGAUUGCCUAUUUUAACCUCAGAAGAAUGUCUAAAAGGAUUUAAUGAUCCAGAAUACGUUACAAGUGAUAAAGGCUGCUUAGGCGUACCUGGUUCAGUUUCUCCUGUAUGCAAAGGUGACUCAGGUUCUCCGGUAAUGUACAGAUCAAAACACGGGAGCUACGAUGUAGUAGGUGUACUUGGGGAUAAAAAUGAAUGCGAGGAAAUAAAUUUGGCGACUUAUGCGAGUGUUGUCGACCACCUGCCUUGGAUUCUACAGAAUACAAAAGACUCUUGCUUUUGCAGCAGACUUAAUUUACAAUUACCUAGCUUGCCUAAAGGACCCUUGAAAUUAUUCGAGUUAUAAUUGGAAUGGAAAUAUCUAGCUGUGUUUAAUAAGUACAAUAACUAGUUAAUUAUUCUUUUUUGUGUUAUUUACGAAAUAAAAUAUUUUUCAGAU